AUGCCCCGUCCCCGGAGCAGCCCAAAAUCCAGUAGGAAACUUACUUUCCUAUAUUUAGCAAACGAUGUCAUCCAGAACAGUAAGAGGAAAGGUCCUGAAUUUACUAGGGAAUUUGAAUCUGUUCUUGUGGAUGCUUUUUCUCAUGUUGCCAGAGAAGCAGAUGAGGGCUGCAAAAAGCCCUUGGAACGAUUGCUUAACAUCUGGCAAGAAAGGAGUGUGUAUGGCAGUGAGUUCAUACAGCAACUGAAACUUUCUAUGGAAGACUCCAACAGCCCCCAAACUAAAGAGGAGAAGAAGUCUUUAAAGCGGACUUUUCAGCAAAUACAAGAGGAGGAAGAUGAUGAUUACCCUGGGAGCUACUCACCCCAAGACCCCAGUGCUGGGCCGCUGCUGACCGAGGAUUUGAUCAAAGCCCUACAAGACCUGGAAAAUGCAGCAUCGGGAGAUGCUACGGUGCGGCAAAAGAUUGCCUCCCUGCCUCAGGAAGUUCAAGAUGUUUCAUUACUGGAGAAAAUUACAGACAAAGAGGCAGCCGAACGUCUUUCGAAGACCGUGGAUGAAGCAUGCCUGUUACUAGCGGAGUACAAUGGCCGGCUGGCAGCAGAGCUGGAGGACCGGCGCCAGCUGGCACGCAUGCUGAUCGAGUACACCCAGAACCAGAAGGAUGUACUGACGGAGAAAGAGAAGAAGCUAGAAGAAUACAAACAGAAGCUUGCUCGGGUAACCCAGGUCCGCAAGGAGCUGAAAUCCCACAUCCAGAGCCUUCCAGAUCUGUCACUGCUGCCCAAUGUCACAGGAGGUCUGGCACCUCUGCCGUCUGCUGGUGACCUGUUUUCAACAGACUAGAACAAACGGUGUCCCCCGGUUUCCAUUGUUACCAGCAGAAGUGAGAAGACUCUGGUGUUGACUGGAAAUCCAGUCUUCCAAGAUCUCCAGUAGCAAGGAACUUGCAGACCCUGCUUUCGACCUCUUGGCUGCUCGUGCUCGGCCUCUCCCUGUGUACACUGGCUCACGCUGAGGGGAGGAAAAAGCGAGUUUUUGUGAGCUCUGAGGGGAGUGGCGAUAGUCCAUAUAGGCAAACUUUUCUCAUAUUUUUCCAUACUCUUUAGUUGCUGUUUGCUCUUAGCACUUGUUACCCCCACAAAAGUCAUGUGAAUCAUGUACCUACAUACCUGGAAAGUUUUCAAAGAAAGGUUGACCAUACAACAUUUUUCCUCCAUAAAAGUAUUGUAUUAUUUCUGAAU